UUUGCUCUGUAUCUAAGCGGACAGCUGUUUUCUUGACUCUCCUCUGCGAGUCUUUAUAUCAUAUAUCUUGAAACGUCAAGGAAAAUUCAUUUAGUCUAAAAAUGACGUCGAUAAUGGCUGCUAGAAAGAAGAUUGGUCUGUUGGGUACUUUCGCCACCGCGAGUUUCAGUAUCAUAGGCGUGAUUGGAAUGGCCGUGGACAACGAUAUCUCCAUCAAAGGAUUGUUUACUAGUGAAUCAUGUGCACUCCAGUCUUCGUUUGGAUUGAUAGCUUGUGCUUGCAUCACAGAAACAAUUCUAUUCCUUCUCCUGGGGAUGAAAAAAUGUUGUGGUGCGAAGAAAUCAGACUGGUUUCACUUAUCAGUUGUAGGCCAUUUUCUGGGAACCAUGGGAUUCCUGAUGGGAUGUGUGGUGUAUGGAGUGCUAGUGACGACACGAAUCUUUUGGUAUUUCUGGUUCUGUGUCUUUGCUUGUAUUGCUGCUGCGGGUCUUCUGAUGUUCUGGAUAGCCACUCAGAUGUUCAGGCGCUACCUAAAAGUUGCCUAUCCUGAUGACGUUAUGGUUAAUGAAUAAUCAGUAGGGCUAACAGAAUUUCGUCAAACUUUAAACAGUGUAUCAUUUAUUCAUAGUUUAUUUGUAUUUUUUUCUGCUGAUGAUCAAGAUGAUGUGUCUACAUUGCUGAAACUUUAUUUGAUGUACAAAAUUUCACUGUUUUACUUCAAUUUAUAUGUAUAUGUAAUAUAUAUUUAUACGAA